AUUGGCCUACACAAAUGGUAGGAAUGCAAUGUGUGCAAGAAUGGAAGAAGAGAAACAAGAAAGGGGAGCUGAAGUCCAGAAACACUGCCAGCAUUCUGAUAGAGUUUAGGGAGGCAAGUCAGCUUUGUGAAUGUCUGACUGACACUAGACAUUUAUAAGAUGCCUGGAAAUUACAGCAGGGGUUCAUUAAAGGCCGAACAGGUGUUUGGUAAUACUGCUGGUUCCCUCACUGUUUCUCUCCUCUGUGCAACACUGAUGCAUUGCAUUUCCUACCAGGAAAGCACUGAAACAUUUCACAGUGUAGCACUGGAUCACAGCACGCAAAAUGAGGAAGUACAGCUCUGAUUAUUUUGAAUGUGAAAAUGAUUUGAUCAGAUAAUUUGUUUUGUUUUGUUUUUUUACACCCUCUGACAUCAGAGUACAGGUCCAACAUCUCACCAAACCACUUUUUCUUCUGCCUUUCCCCCAGUGUGGAUGUUCACAACAGCAAGGACCACCUGCAUCAGACAGCCACAUACACAAAACACCACAUUGUUCUACAGAACUGAGAAAUGGCAUUAGCUGGAGAAAAUGAGGAGAUAUAUGCUGGUUACCUGUACAAGUCCCCCCAAGCAAGCCUGUUUAAAUUACAGAAAUCAUGGAAGCGGAGGUAUUUUGUUCUUCUGAAGAAAAGUAAAACUACAAGCCAUCUUAAAUAUUUUAAAAGUGAAGAAAUGAAGAGAGGUGAAUCACUUGGAACCAUUGAUCUGUCUCGGGUCUCGUUAAUGUUUCUGAAUCCUGAGAGCCACUCUAUGUGGAAAUGGGUCCAUGAAAAUUUCAGGUGCUCUCCAUCCAAUGUCCUGUUUAUGAAAGUGGCUGACAGAGAAUAUUUUCUCAUUGGGGAAACCAGUCUGGAAAUUGAAAGGUGGUUCAAAGCCUUAUAUGAUGCUAUGAGUAAUCGUCCACACAAACUGCUUGAUCCUAAGGAAACUGGAAGAAUCAGAGACAUCAGUGCACCUCCAAAUUCACUAAAGAAAGACCAGAGGAUUGAGUGGAGACUGGAUACAAGUUCAGACUCUGACAUGCCCUCACCCAAAGAAGAUCAACAUGAAUAAGGAGCAGCUGAAGUGAAGGCAAGCUGAAGAACAGAGUCCCAGAAGAUGCCACUGUGUGUAGAUAUUCUGAAAAAAUUUGACCUUAGUCACUGGGUUUAGCGAAAUGGUUACAGUAAUAUUAACAGUGAUGAUCAUGAAUAAGUAACUCAUCAAUUUAAUAUGUUAGGAAAAAAACUGGUAGUCUUUAUCACAAUGUAUCACUGUGAAUGUAUUUAUGUAGAAAUGUGUGUUUCUACCAAGGUUUCAGAACCAUUUGACGAACUAAGAUAUGAUCAUUUGUAUGAUACAAAUAAUUCAAGAUAGCAUAAGUAAAAAAUAGAAUUAAAAUAAUUAGGAAAUGAUCAAUAUACAGUAUAUAUUAUAUUUAUUAAAAUGUUGUUUGAUGUGAUUGAUUAUGUCUCAUAUUCAAUGGUCUUAGUGUCUGCAUCUGAAAUGAGCUGAAAAUGAACUUUAGGUAAUGAAUCUUACUGUCUAGAGAUUGCCCAUUAAUCUCUAUAUAUAAUUAAGACAUGCUAAUGUGUCACCAUUGGAUCAUCUGAUCCAAAACGCAUUAUACCCUACCCUAUUAUACCUUUUGUCAGACCAAAAAGGCUUAGCUGUUCAAGCUGGUAAACCAUCUUUCCUUAUAACUGACAAAUUGAUUAACAAAUGUUUGAGAUUUUGCUAUUUUCUUAAAAAUGACUUUUCUACAAUUAGUAGUAGUAAAAAAGAACCUUUCUACUAGUUCUUAUCAGCUGCAAAAUAUGCUCUACUAGUUUGAACAGCUUGUCCUGUAUUUUAGAAGCUGGUAGCUGGUCAGACUAACUGGUUGCACUUAUUCAGCAGGUUGUUUGUUUUACAUUUACAUUUAUGGCAUUUGGCAGACACCCCUUAUCCAGAGCGACAUACAUUUAUCUCAUUUAUACAACUGAACAAUUGAAGGUUAAGGGCCUUGCCCAAGGACCCAACAAUAGUAGCUUGGCUGAGGCUUGAACUCCUGACCUUCUGAUCAGUAACCCAGAGCCUUUAACCACUGAGCCACCACUGCCCAUAUGUCAUGGAUAUGUCAAGGAACUGUGGACUUCAGUUCCCAGGAGCCAUUGCACCUCUGCAUCACUGACUACGUUUACAUGGACAGCAGUAAUCUAAUUAUUGACCUUAUUCUGAGUAAGACAGUAUUGUGAUUAAGGUGUUUACAUGAGUCGCUUUUAGAAUAUUCCUUUCGUGUUCCUGUUUUACAAUUUAUAGAACAUAGAUCGAUUAACGGCACAUGUCAUUACGUCACAGCGCCACACCGUCCGACGUUCCCUCCAGAAUUUCACGUACUGACAUACAGUUCGUCUUUGUUUUGGUGCCAUAUACAGUUUUAGGUGUUUUUAUUUUUAAUUUUACAAAAGCCUCAAGUGCAGUCAAUUAUAAGUCAUGCUAUACGUGCAAAUAGACGACUGCUUGAAGCCAUGGGCUGCAUCCCAAACCGUGUACUUACCUACUAUAUAGUAGCCGAGAUAUAUGUAUUUCGCCUACUAUGUACAUGUAUUUCACUAUAUAUUAGUUAAGUAUGCGGUUUCGGACGCAGUCAUGCUCUCUUGUUUGCCGUAAAACGGUUGAUCACUGCCGUGUGUGUACGUGUCCUGACGGAAAAUGCGGUAAAAAAUCCCACACGACGUUAAUAGUGUGAUUAAGGUGUGAACAUGUCUGUAAUGCACGUCGAUAAUGCGACUAAAACAGGAAUACUUCACAUGACUAAAUCCGAUUAGUGUUUACUUCGAGUAUGACUUUAAUCGGAUUAAGGUCACCAAUAAUCACUGUUUACAUGAUAGUUUCUUAAUCAGAGUAUUGUCUUAAUCAGGUUAAUAUCGGAGUAUUGUUGUCUAUGUAAACAUUCUGAGAGUCACAUGACCACCUGCACCUGAUUCUCAUUCAUGUUAACCACUUGUGCGUAUAUAGUCACAGUUUGAACUGCACUCUUUGUCUUGCUUUGAUUGUCUUCUGUUGCCACGUUAUGCUCUCUCGUCUCAUAUGUAUUGUUUGUUUUCAUUUUCAUGUGUUCAUUGUCUCUUCUGGUGUUUUGUUUUUAUAUUGAUUAAACUUUAAAUUUGCACUUG